AUGAAUGUGCUUGUAUAUAAUGGGAAUGGGACUUCUUUAAGUUCAGUUAAACACACAGUGGAUACGUUAAGAGCUUUUUUGGAACCUUAUUACUCAGUUAGCACAAUAUCAGCUAAAGGUCUUCAAACAGAACCUUGGAUUAGCAAAACUUCAGCUGUAGUUUUUCCUGGCGGUGCUGAUUUGCCUUAUGUUAGAGAUUGUAAGGCAGUUGUUCCAAAAAUUAAAAAAUUUGUUCAAAAUGGUGGAAUUUAUAUUGGGUUCUGUGCAGGAGGAUAUUUUGGCAGUUCCAGGGUAGAAUUUGCUCAAGGAGAUCCGAGCAUGGAGGUCAUUGGAAAUAGAGAUUUAGCCUUUUUUAAAGGCAUCACAAGAGGUCCCGCAUUUGCUGGCUACCAAUACAAUAGCGAAGUAGGUGCAAGAGCGGUGGAGUUAGCGUUAACAGAUGGUUCAAAAUUUAGAACUUAUUUUAAUGGAGGAUCCGUAUUUAUCGAUGCUAAAAAAUAUGAUAACGUUGAAAUACUAGCAAAAUACACUGAGCCAGUGGAUACUGCUACUUUAAACAGCGAAGCUGAUCUGCAAGAUGCAGCAGUUGUUGUGUGCAAUGUUGGCAAUGGUAAAGCUCUAUUAACAGGACCACAUCCAGAAUUUAUACCAGAGCUAUUAAAGCAUUCAGAAGAUAAAUAUUUUAUUGAGAAUAUAAUCCCCGCUCUUCUAGCGAAUGAGAAACAGCGUCUACAUUUUAUGGAGAACAUAUUAAAGGCUGCUGGGCUGAAAUGUAACAAACUUGAUCCAGACAGAAAACCAUUAUAUUUGACACCAAUAAUAGUAACAACGUCAAGUGGGAAAGAAGAUUUGAUAGAAGAAUUAAGUUGUAAUCUUAUCAAAAAUGUUAAUACCAUUGAAAAUAUUAGUGAAAAUCAUACAAAGUUGAAUUUAGGAACCGAUACAUCGGAUAUAUUUAAAGGAGUAAGGUUGAAUUAUAAAUCAGCUCUGAUGUCAUGCGAUAACCUAACCGCAGAGGAGAACAGAAAAGUGUUUAUAUUUGCUGAUAAAACUGAGUCCUCGAUUGAUAAAUCGUUAACACCAUAUUUUGAUAUAGAAAAAUAUUUUAAAGAGUUGAAAACAGAGACUAUAGGAAAUUUGUUACUGUAUGCUAAUGUUGUUUCAUCUACAUCUACUAUGUUAAAUAAUAAUAAAUGCCUUUUGGCAAGUUUUCCAAGAAAUUCAGUAGUCCAUGUUGGUAGUAUUCAAACGGCAGGAAUUGGUAGAGGUGGAAAUCAUUGGGUAAAUCCUAUUGGGCUUUCUGCAUCUACUGUUGUAGUUACUUUCCCAAUAACUCCACCAGAUAGUAAUAAAUCUAUUGUAUUUGUUCAAUACUUGGCAAUGCUAGCUUAUUGUCAGGCCAUAACUUCAUAUGGGCCAGGGUUUGAGGAUGUUCCUAUAAGGAUCAAAUGGCCCAACGAUUUAUAUGUCUUAAGCCCCGAAUACUACUCAAAUAAAGGCCUAAAUUUAGUGAAUCGAGGCAUUGUCAAGGACCUAGCUCCACUUUCUGAAAUUGAGCCAGCUUAUAUUAAGGUUGGUGGUAUGUUGGUGAAUACCAACAUAAUUAAUAAGGAAUAUAAUUUAUUGAUCGGUUGCGGUAUCAAUGUUAAUAAUAGUCAUCCAUCUACAUCAUUGAAUCGUUGGGUUUCGAUAUUAAAUGAAGAAAGAAAAGUUAAAGGAUUAGCAUUGCUUCCAAAGUUUGAUAUUGAAAAGUUAUUGGCACUUUAUUUAGGUAGAUUGGAACGAUUAUUGAAUAAAUACACUAUGUACGGUUCGAACGUAAUUCUACCAGGAUACUAUAAAUAUUGGUUGCAUAAUAAUCAAGUUGUUACGUUGACUGGAUACAAUUCAGUCCGUGCUGUUAUCACUGGUAUAACAGAUGACUAUGGUUUACUGUUGGCAAAGGAAUGCAGAUUGGGUUCAGAUACUGAUUUUACAGGAACUACUUAUCAGCUACAACCGGAUGGUAACACUUUUGAUAUAUUCAAGGGCUUAAUAUCUACUAAAAUUUUCAAAUAA